AUGCAUCUCCCAGACUCCUCGGUCACUAAAAGUGUGCAAGAGAAAGAAAGGCGGCUGCUGGAGUUUUGGCCAUUCGCUGUUGCGCCUCGACAGGAGGUCGGCAGUGAAAUUUCCCGGUAUUACCCGCCCGGGGUUAUUCUGGAGUAUGAGUUACGAGACAAAAGUCGCGAAACGAAAGAAAUCGAUUUACUUCACCUUUCCCCCGAGUAUGUAAAGACUGAUGUCGAAGUUCUUGUGAAUCAAGUCACUUUUGAAGAGCCAUUAAUCAGUGAUAAUCGAAAACCACAGCUACGACGCUUAAUCUACAAACUGAUUGAAAAACUUGAAAAUAACGAAAAUAGUGACUACUAUCUAUUCAAAAUUCUCAGGGCGCAUAUUCUGCCUCUGACGAAUUGCGCAUUUAACAAGCAAGGUGACAAAUUCAUCACUGGAAGUUAUGACAGAACUUGUAAAAUCUGGCGAACUGAAACUGGGGAAGAAUUGCUGACUCUUGAAGGUCAUCGUAAUGUGGUUUAUGCGAUCGCGUUCAACAACCCCUGGGGUAAUAAAAUCAUAACAGGAUCUUUCGACAAAACGUGCAAAAUCUGGAAUGCAGAUAAUGGUGACCUCUAUCAUACGUAUCGUGGACAUGCCACCGAAAUUGUUUGCUUAUCCUUCAAUCCUCAUGGAAUCAUUGUCGCAACUGGUUCCAUGGACAACACGGCCAGGCUGUGGGACGUGGAGUCCGGGGAGUGUCUGCAUACACUACUUGGCCACACUGCAGAAAUCGUGAGUUUAAAUUUCGACACCAGCGGACAGAAAAUAAUAACGGGCUCGUUUGAUCACACCGUCAAGGUCUGGGAUGUAAGGACUGGUCGUUGUAUUCACACAUUGGCUGGGCACAAUGGUGAAAUCUCAAGCACGCAGUUCAACUACCAAUCUGAUUUGUGUAUAAGCGGCUCCAUCGACCGUACAUGUAAGGUUUGGGAUGUUUCCAGUGGCCAGUGUGUGCAUACACUUCGAGGCCAUAAUGAUGAAAUUCUGGAUGUUUGCUACAAUGCUACUGGCUCAAGGUUGGUGACAGCUUCUGCUGAUGGGACAUCUCGUGUAUUCAACACCAUGACUGGAGCUUGUCAGUCCAUUCUAAUUGGCCACGAAGGCGAGAUUUCAAAGGUUGCAUUCAACCCCCAAGGUGUGAGAAUUCUGACUGCAAGCAGUGACAAGACGGCGCGCCUAUGGGACAUGGAAACUGGCGACUGUCUUCAGAUCCUCGAGGGUCACACUGACGAAAUAUUUAGCUGUGCAUUUAACUACAGCGGCGACACCAUCAUCACAGUAAAAACCACCACACCCGAGCGCUAUCUUGUAAAGCCGAAUCACGGACUGAUCCGAGAUGGUUGCACUGCUGAAAUAACGAUAAUUAUCGUAAGCACCAAAAAAAAAGAGAUCUUGAACAAAUUUACGCUGAACGGUCCAUUUGAUUGCAACGACAAAUUUUUGGUUCAAAGCGCCACGAUCGAUAAUGCCAUCAUGGAUGAUCUUGAAUCCAAAACAUCCCAUGAACUCGCAGAUGCUAUAACACGCCUUUUCUGCAAAAAGGAUAAGAAAGAAUUACACGCGAAAAAAAUCCCAGUGAGCCUUCUCUUCUUGGAUCCACCGUCAGAAGCUGCAAGUCUUGGUUCAGAGCGAGGCCGGCUCCUUCAUGGACCACUAGAAGCUACAGCUCCCGUCCCGAUACCUGGAACUCCGGAAGCUAUGUUUGCAGAAAUCGUUGCUCUUCGCAAGAAAUAUGAUGAUCUCGUGGCGUUCACUGUGAAUCUUACCGCUGAACGUGAUGCCCUCACCGCGGAUCUUGCGAUCGCUAAUUCUUCCCUCCAGCGUGAAUCUCUCGGUACGACAAUACAACAGCAAUAUGAAAACACCGCUUUAUACCAUCACGCGCCCAUCGCCCGUAGCUAUCCGCUCGGGCUAGUUGUCACAAUUAGUAUCGCAUCUUGCUUGCUUGGAUGGUGUAUACCUCAAAUGAUCAUGAAUAAAGACUGAUUAAAUAUGUACUGAUUGAUAUCAGAGCCGCACGCACUCGUGGUUAUAGAAUGAGACCAGGAUUUGUACUACUGCUGGGUACGACGUUUUUCAUUAGGACGCACCACUAAUAACGUCAUUUUGGAGAAUCUAAAGAGCCCCUUCUCCACUAAAGUGGCAAUGCAAGCAACAGACGCGGGGACCUAGCUUAUGGCGCACAAGAAUGUCCCGUGGCAGACAGCUAUCUGUCCUUGGCCUGGACGAGAGGAGCCUGGAAAACUCAGGCUUUGAUCUAGACCUUCAGGAUAUCGCGUUCUCAAACUCUUCACCGAGUUGAGUCGGGUGGUACUGCGGACGAGGGCAAGGCAGGGGUUGGCCUAAUGCGCUGGCCUAAUGUGACACAUCCC